UUGAGUGGAGGGAAAACAUCGAAGGCGACAUAUCAUUUGAGUAGUGUUCACAGUGUGAUUUCGGACAAGACAGCUCUCGAGACUACGCGAAAGAGGGCACAUUAUGUUGAGAUUUCCCGUAUUCAGGCACCGGCACUGUGUCGCGGUGACGCUAAGCGGCUUGGACUUCUGCUGGAAACUAUGAGGAUUGUGAACCCCAAUCUGCCAUUCUGCUUUGGAGAGUAUCCCGAGUCACAUGUCAUCAAAAAUAUCUGCACGACGGCUGAAUUCCAAGCUACAGUGAACUCUCACACCGCCACGCACUCUAUUGUUGAGCUCUACGCUGCUGGACUGCAAGAAGUCGUUGGCUUCCUACGCGACAACCGUGUUGGUGGAAUGCCCUGUUUUGUUGCGGUUGCAGAAUUUUACAGUUCGAAGCACACUGGAAAUAAAUAUCUUGGGUUUCGUGUGUACCUCAUUGACGCUCAGUUUCAGUUCAAGUCCAUUUUGCUGGGUGCCCGUCAUUUUCGACCUCAAUAUGGGGAACAUUGCUUUGGUGCUACCACCGUAAAGUGGAUGAUGACCCAGAGCCUGCACCUCCAAUGGGAGAGGUGUAUCCCUCACCUAGUGAAUGCAGGUACCAAGAACGCGUGUGGAAUGACGCGAAACAGCAACAAUGUGGCUAUGUCGGAGCUGAUUAAUCGGAUCUCACGCACGAUUUUCCAGGUGCAUCGUACUGAGAAGAUGGACGACCUAAUGGAGCAGGUGAUGUUGUUGCUGGGGAAGGGAAAUAGCACCACACUGGUUGCGUAUAACCGCGCCGGUUCAUGGGACUUGCUGGCGAUUCGAGAACGUCAACUGGAAAUUCCCAUUGAUUUUCCUCUCAUAAACGAUAAAGUGCUUUUGGAGCAGAUUCUUUCCCUACUUGCGCCAAUCGAGCUAGUGAACAUGCGCGCCCAAAGCGAAUCAGCGAAUCAAGUCGAUGUGUUGCCUACUCUGUACGCGCUGCAGACUUCGGUUCUC